AUAAGUGAUGCUGAAUAUUAAAACAAACAAAAAAUCCAAUUCGUUUGUGAAGAAGAAAUUUUGGUUGAAUUUAGAAAAAGAAAAUGUAUUUCAACAAUUUGUGGUUAUAUGCAAACUAACCUUCUAGCUUUUACACAUUUGAAUGUGACUGAAAAUUAUGAAAUAUAGAUUGAAAUAACAAUUGAACACAGUCAUUAUUGAACGAUUUAUUUAAAUGGUGAUUUUCAGUAAAAAUACUCUUGGACUUUUUAUAAAUAUACAUAUAACAAACACAAACUCUUAUCUGAAAAUUUAUAUAGUAUAGAAAAAAACAUUGAUAUUUAGACGAAAACUUUACUUAGUUAUGGAAGCGUCGCCUUCUUAUUAUCUUCUCUUCAUUAUCUUGUUUAUAAUUACUUUAUAUAUUGAACAAACAAAGGAAGAUAUUAAGGUCCAUACUGCUGUUCAAAUUAAACGUCCUUCAAAUCGUCAUUGGAUUGAACGUGCUUCAUCUGCUCGUCAAAUUACAACACCAUCUGUAUUAACAACUACAAUCACUUCUAAUAGAUUUAUUUAUUCAGGAAAUGUAUCAUCAAUCAAUAUGAGUUCUGAAGUCAUAAAGAAUUCUGUUCGACGAAAAGAAUUACAAGAUCAACCACAACUACCAAAUAUUUAUUCUCAAACAUAUCUUGAUUAUCAAGGGAAUCGAGAACGUCCAAUCGAUGAAUAUAAUCAACCUAAUAUUUUAUAUCCACACGAAGGACUGAACGCAUUUCAUAAUUUACCUUCGUGGUACAGUUUACGAUAUAGACGAUACCCACGAGAAGAGCCAAACCAUCCUUAUGAUGAUAACAAUUUGCAAUUACCAUGGAAUUAUAAACCAAAAUGUAGAUCAUGCGGUCGACCAUUAUUACAAGAUUCAUUUUGUAUAGAUGAUUUUGUUUUACGUGUUUAUAUUUACAAAGAAUCCGUGGAACCUAAUGGUCAACGCCACUACUUAGCUUAUAUCUAUCAAGUAUACAAGGAUAUUAAACAUUAUAUGCAACCAACUCUUGUUCGACAAAUCGUAUAUAAUUGUGAUCGAUUUCAAACUGGUCCAAUGCUAGGUGAAGUAUACUUGAUAACAGGUAUUUACAUAUCAGGUGUUCCACAUGUUGAUUCUUGUUCUUGGAAAGCACCAUGGAAUCAAGUAACGAGAGAACAAAAACGAUAUUUACGCAACCGGUAUAGCAUUCAGUGUGGCAUAUGUCAAUUACAAAGAGUAUUAUUUGUUGAUCCAAUAUAUCACCGUAAUCCAAAAACAUGUUAUUUACCAAUUAGUCCAAAUUCAAAUGAAAUGAUGUGUAGAGAUAAAUUUUCGUUGUGUCGUUUACAAAGAAGAACUAAUCGAUGCAAUUUUAUAAAUAAUAAAUCGUAUCGUAUAUGCGAAACAUGGUCAACGAAACAUAUUUAAUCCAUCACUUUUUUUUCCUCUAAAAAAACAAAAAUAUUGUUCAUCUUUUUGAUUCUCACAUUCAUCUAACUAUUGUAUAACAAUUCAUACUACUAAUAAUACUGUUAGUAAUAUAUGUUGUAAAUACAGAACAAAAUAUAUAUAUAUAUAUUUUAAAGAAAUAGAAGCUUAUUAAAUUGAAUUGCACAGAUAUCUUUAUUUAACUUGAUUGGUAUGAUUUAUAUUCUCAUAAAUUUUAUUUAUAUUUUCACAUUCCAUAGAAUAUAAUAUUGAAAAAGAAUAUGUAUCAUUUACUUUCUUCUUGUAUUGUUUCUCUUUUAUUAACUAUCCCCAUUACCCUUAGAAACUAGAUUUACAUAUAUAUAUACACAAUAUCAAAUGGUGUUGAACUAAGUUAAUAUAAGAGAAUGUAUAAAAUGAACUUAUUUCUUCUAUAUGAAUGUAUGUAUGCAUGUAUCUAUGAUUUUUACUUAUUUACAUACAUUUCAUUGUCUCUUGAAUAAUCUUUUUAUUUGGCGCCUUUCUUCAAUUAUAAUAAUAAUAAUAAUAAUAAUAAUAAUAAUAAUGACAAUAACAAUACCUAUUGUUCUUCUUUCUUUUAGAUUUAAAAUAAGCAAACUUUCUGUACAGAAUAUUCUGUUUUCUUAAAAAAUCUUUAUUCAUAAUUUUUAUUUAAUGUAAUAAAACAAAUUAGUUCUGUAUAAUAUAAACUUAUUAUUGUUUAAAUUAAAAUGAAAUAAUAUAAAACUGAAUUAAUCGUUAAAUAAUUAAGUG